AUAGCGACGCGUAAGUCCAAGACUGCCUACGCGUUCAUCUCUUUUCUGCCCAACAUGUCAAUAAUGGACUACAACGGUGGCUCCGUCAUAGCCAUGGUGGGCAAGGACUGUGUUGCCAUUGCCUCCGACCUCCGUCUUGGAAACCAAGCGCUUGGUGUCUCUGCCAACUUCCAAAAGAUCUUCCCUAUAACUGACCGGAUCUACCUUGGACUACCAGGGCUGGCGACCGAUGUGACGACUCUUAAAGAACGCUUCCGAUUCCGCGUCAAUAUGUAUACUAUCAAGGAAGAGCGAGAGAUUGAGCCUGAAACUUUCGCCCGUCUCGUCUCAUCGACGCUAUACGAGCACCGAUUUGGCCCAUAUUUCGUCGAACCUGUCAUGGCGGGAAUGUCUAAGACAGCGUCGGGCGAAUACAAGCCAUUCAUCGCAGCCACUGACCUCAUCGGCUGUCUAAACUUUGCGAAAGACUUUGUUGUCGCCGGAACUGCGAGCGAGAAGCUGUUUGGUGUUGCCGAAGGCCUCUGGGAGCCCGAUCUCGAGCCUGAAGAUCUGUUUGAGACAAUUUCUCAGACGAUUAUGAAUGCUUUGGAUCGCGAUGCGUAUUCCGGCUGGGGCUGCGUGGUUCACGUGCUGACGAAAGACCAAAUCAUUACGCACCGACUGCUCGACGCUCCUUUCUUCAUUCUUCGCAAACAAGUCGUUGUUGCAUGGUUCACCAGUUCAGAGGCCAAGAAAGCAGGAGACCUCGACGUACUCCAACAUUCGCGUCUGGUUGGAAGGGGCAAAUAUGUUCAUGCCUUUGAAAUCCAUCGAGUCAAACCGGAUAAAACGGAAGAAUACAAGGCUGCAGCGGAGAAAUAUUACGUCGGCAUUAAGAAUGACCCUGACCUUCGCACCAAACUCACCGGUAACUGGGAAGUUUUAGUUGGCGAACAAGAUACUUUUAUCCACAUCCUGGAAGUCGAGAGCUACCAGAAGACGACCGAACUACUGACUUCGCCGCAUCACCGUGAAGUCUUCAAAGGACUAGCACCCUUCUUAACGUCCCGGACCUCCCAACUCACUCAAGAGUUUGCUUUCUUACCAACUGCGCCCCCACACUCCGACGGGGGUGUCUUUGAAUUGCGAUCUUACCAGUUGAAGCCAGGAACACUUUUAGAGUGGGAGAAUACCUGGCGUCGGGGUAUUGAAGCGCGUCGUAAAUUUGUUGCGCCUGUUGGUGCAUGGUUCUCCCAAGUUGGGCGACUGCAUCAAGUCCACCAUCUAUGGCAAUAUACUGAUCUCGAGGCUCGGAAAGACAUGAGAGAGAAGGCCUGGCAAAUCGACGGUUGGGCCGAGACCGUUUCGAAGACAUCGCAAUUGACCAAAUUCAUGGAUUCAUUUGUUCUGCGUCCCCUUCCCUUUAGUCCACUCAAGACUGUCACACUACUGGCUGACCAAACACUCUUCUUGCAACGAUGGACUACUCAGACGCCAGUGACGAGGAAACUAGCCACAGGGAUUCAAGUCAGGCCAAUAAUCGCAAGCGAAGUAGCAGGGCUUGCGACCAAUGUCGCAAAACGAAGAGCAAGUGUGAGCGUAGCGAUAAUGCUGCAGCUUGUAAAGGCUGUGAGGCGGCGAAGACAGUCUGCACUUUUCUCGGGCCCAGUUAUAAAAGAGGACCACCCAAGGGCUACAUUCACGCCAUUGAAUCUCGAUGGCACCAAGUUGAAUCAUUACUCGGCGCGUUACUUCAAUGCCCCGAUCCGCGAGUUCAAGGAAUCAUUUCAGACGCAAGCACCAGCAGUCGCAUCCGAUGAAUUCGCGCGUGAAAUCUUAGGUCGAGUCGAUGCUGGUCCAUACGGACCCUCUGGUCGCUUAGAUCAACCUGUCGGUGCUACGAAGGAAGACUUUUUUGCCUCCAUCCUCCGGAGUAGCGGUGCCAACCAGACUGAGUCUUCACGAUCACGAAGACAAUCACGCAUAUCGAGAGAGAAAGUGUCGUCUGCUGCGCAAGAUGGCAACCUUGCUUUUGUGCCUACCCGGGAAUGGCAAGACAGUCUUGCAAGCCGGAUAGGCUCGACUUCGGCGUCGGGAUCCCGCCUGCCCUCAUUUGACUUGUCUGGUGUGCCGUUCCAUCAGAGGCGGCGCCUCAACGGCUCUGUAGACACCAUUCCUUCGCCACCGGACUGGAAGAAUAUGUACACGUUAGAAGAUCCAGAAGAGCCAUCGCAUAGAGAGGCGCCGGUAGAAGGAAUGGGUGCAUUGUCGCUGGAUGAACACCAAGAAGUUCGUUUCCAUGGACCCAGUAGUGGGCUCCAUCUACUAGGUCGCAGUACUCGGACCGACAGUCGGAAGGAGGGUAGUAUGUGGAAACUACCUAUGGCACGAGUGUGGCCUCCGAUAAAGGAUUUGUCUCAGCUCGUUCAAGAGGAAAACCUCGAAAUUGAACUUCCUCCGCAACAUGUCCAAGAGCACCUCCUCCAGCUCUAUUUUGCCUAUGUUCAUCCGGUGUUUCCGCUUAUUCAUAAGGCUCGCUUCUUAACGGAAUACAACACCAGAAACCUGAGUAGCCCUGUUCAUAGUCCCACAGGUGACACAGAGGCUUCCGCCAAACCUGAACCAGCACAAAAAUAUUCGCCUUUACUUUUACUGUCGAUGUUUGCUGUGUCGGCCCGUUUCUCCGAACAAGAUACUCCUCUCCCUCCCAAGGGAAAGAUGUGGGAGGCUGGAGGCAAAUACUUCCAUGCUGCGAAGAAUAUCCUGGCUAAGGUGUUGCACCGCUCUCGUCCUUCAACAUGUCAAGCGCUUCUUCUUUUGGGCUAUCGGGAGUUUGGCAUAGGCUCGAUGGAGCAGGGAUGGAUCUACAUUGGCAAGCAUGGCUAUUCGCAUGGCCUCAACUGCAAUCUUGUCGACUGGAAGAGCGCCAAUGGUGAACACACCCUUUUCUCCUCUGAGGAAACACAAACCCGAAGGCAAAUCUGGUGGGCCUGCUGUGCGGCAGACCGAUAUGGCAGUAUGUAUAUGGGCCGACCAAUAGCCAUCCAUGACGACGACUUUGACACUCCGCUACCUGAGGAGGAAGAUGAACAACCCUGGGAACCCCUUGCACCCAAUGGCGGCCAUGCUUCAGCUGGCGUCACACUCUCAACCUUCCGCGCUACUGGAAAGCUAGCCUUGAUCUUGGGUUCCGUUAUAACCCAUAUCUAUCCUGUACGGCCUUCCGCACUUGCCUCUCGAAGGGCAUCUCUCGCUAAGCUAGAGAGUCGGCUAGACCAGUGGUAUCUAAGCUUACCUGACGGCUUGCGGUAUGAGACUCGUCGUAUGACACCGAGUGCUCAGAUCUUACUUCUCCAUAUUCGAUAUUGGGGGACUGUUCUGCUUCUCCAUCGUGCUUUCAUACCCAACUGGAAAGGGACCGAUCCGACUCCGCAAGACUCAACCUUGGAACUCAAGGCGUUUGAUCUCUCGCAAGGGGCAGCAAGCCACAUUAGCGUGAUAGUCACCGCAUAUCGCGAACACUACACCCUGAAGCGGUGUUCACCCUUUAUGACCUCGUACUUGCUCAAUGCUGGUAUCAUGCACAUAACAACUUUGACUCUUCGACCAGCCAAUCCACAGGCUUCCCUCGGUUUGCAGCAGUGUCUGAUAGCACUCAAAGAGAUGGAGAUCAUUUGGCCGAGUGCAGCGCGUGCGUACGAGUUAUUGAACGGAGUCAAGCUGCAACAGAGUGUUUUGCCGCCGACACAUUCCCACGAGAGACAUAAACGGCACGCGGAAGAUGCGUUCGGACAAGACCGACCUCCAGACUAUCCGAAUCGGGAAAUGGUGGGCCAGAAUGUAGAUGGAGUUCAAGACAUGGCAAACAAGCUGAUGGCUCAUAUGCUGGGGCUCGACAUUCCUGGCGUGGAACCAUCCACAUCUUUUUACACGGGCUGUGACUGGUGGUCGCGACCGAAUGCUGAGACGGGUCAGCCACUGUCAGCGACGCAACAACCUUGGUCACAAUUCAGCCCGAUGAAUCUGGGGCAAGUCAGUGGGUGGCCACCAGAGCGGUACAAUGGAGAGUAUCAAUUUGAUCAUUUUGGCGUGUAG